AAGGAAAUUGGGAAACAUAGCAUGCUUUUGCUCUCUUCAUUGCUUCACACAAGCUGAGCAAAAGAUUACAUCUCAAUCGGAAGAGAUGGGGAGCGGGGAAGGAGAGGAUACGCAGAAGUUGAAGCGGAUUGCGGCGGCGGCUUUCGAUUACGACAACGACUCACGCUGGGUGGAUUAUUGGUCGAAUAUUCUCAUUCCGCCGCACUUGGCCUCCCGCAAUGACGUCGUAGACCACUACAAGCGCAAGUUCUACCAGCGUUACAUCGAUCCUGAUCUAGUUGUCGAGGGAAUGACUACCAGCAGUUCUUCCCAGUCGGGAACGACAUCAAAAUCACCACAGCAAUCCUCAUCAACAACUGCUAGCACCAGCGAUACUCGCGAAAGGAGUUCAGGGUCCUCUGGUAGAACAUCGGGGGCACCAACUACUCCACCUACCAAUUCUACAUCGCUGCGUUGGGAUAAGCAAUCAAUUCAAUUUUCUGCCAAUGCUUGGGUCUUUGCUGUGGCAGUCAUUGCCAUUUUCCCACUUGUUCCGAGGAGCCUCUCAAAUCGGGCAUACCGACUCUCCUUUUUUGGAACUGCAUGUUCUUCCUUGUACUCAUUGUAUUCACUAUAUGGGAAACCUAGAGCAUGGAACUUGCAGGCUUUGCAAGUGUGGUUCCAGUCGGUCUUAGCAUCCAAAGAUUUUAUGUAUUCAGUCUACUGCCUUAUAUUCGUCAGUUCACAUCCAUGUCUCAAAUUUGCUUUACUUCCUAUAAUCUGUCGGGCCCUUGAGUAUGUUGCAAAGUUCCUGAGGCGUAACUUUAGUAGAUCAACCUUGUACAGGAAAUACUUGGAAGAUGCUUGCAUUUGGGUAGAAUCCAAUACAACUACCCUUAGUAUUCUCUCCUCACAAGCUGAAAUUGCGCUGGGGUUCCUUCAGAUUAUAUCUUUGUUAUCGUGGCAACGCAACAUUAUACAAGCAUUUAUUUACUGGCAGCUACUGAAGCUUAUGUACCAUGCUCCUGCCACUGCUAGCUACCACAGAAGCGCAUGGUCUAACAUUGGGCAAAAAACGAAUCCAUUGAUCCAGCGCUAUGCCCCAUUUUUGAACACUCCAAUGGCCACCACUCGGAAAUGGUGGUUAAGGUGAAGCCACUCAGACAUGGUGUGUGAUUCGAAAGCAUCCACACCACAAGUUUGUGUUUUUGGGUAAAAGCAGUUGGGUUGGACUAAACUUACUCAGCAGUGGCAACUAAUAAUGUCUUUAAGACCUGCCUUCUUUUAGCUCUCAGUUAGGCAGUUACUGAUAUGAAUUUAUUAGAAUGGAUAUUAUUCCAGUUCGUUUUGCAGCUUUAUUUUAGAAUCAAUCCUUUCUUGUGGUUUA